AACAGAGUACUCCGCUCUCUCUAGUGCGCCCAUCCUUUCCCGAGUUCAAACACACACUGAUCCAGAGGCGGCGGGGGUCCCAUGCCGGCGCCGACGGUGGUGAGGCGGCCGCGGAACCCAGUCCCAGCUGCCCUGAGAUACCCCUCUUCCGGGGGGGGAUGGUCCAGCUGCGGCGGCGCGGCGGGCACCACCCGUGCCCGCGCCGCGCCGCUCUGCCUGCGGCGGCAGCGCUCCUGCUCUUCCUCCUCGCCGCCGUCGCGCUGCUGUACGUCUCCCCUCCACCGCUCUCCGACCACCCCGCGCUCGCCUCCUCCCGCCACCACCGCUGGGUCCAUGUACUGCUGAACAGUUCCGGCGACGGCAGCAUUGAGGAUGCCGAGCGCAGCGAGGUUUCCCGUGUUCUGAGAAAUGGUUCGACUGUGGUGGAUGACCUGUGGGGUUCAAAGCUUGCUAGCAAAUAUUACGGGUGCAGCAACUCAAGCAGCAAGUUCCUUGGUUCAAAUAUAAUUACAGAACCAGACCGCUAUUUGAUGAUUGUUACAAGUGGAGGCCUCAAUCAACAGAGAACAGGAAUAAUUGAUGCUGUUGUUGCUGCACGUAUUUUAAAUGCCACGCUUGUUGUUCCCAAACUGGAUCAGACAUCUUUCUGGAAAGAUCCAAGCAAUUUUUCUGAAAUAUUUGAUGCCGAGUUGUUCAUCUCAUCUCUAUCAAAAGAUGUAAAGAUUGUUAAAGAGCUUCCGGAGAUAGGAGGUAAACUUCGGGCUCCUCACAGAAUGCGUGUCCCCCGAAAAUGUACCGAGCGAUGUUACUUGAACCGUGUGUUGCCUGCACUUCUUAAGAAGCAUGUUAUUCGAUUGACAAAAUUUGAUUAUAGAUUAGCAAACAGGUUGCAAACUGAACUGCAAAAGCUGAGAUGCAGAGUCAACUAUCAUGCACUGAGAUUUACUGCCCCAAUACAAGAGAUGGGUGAAAAUCUAAUACAAAGAAUGAGGGAGAGGAGCAAGUAUUUUAUUGCUCUUCAUUUAAGAUUUGAACCUGAUAUGCUUGCCUUUUCGGGGUGCUAUUACGGUGGUGGAGAAAAAGAGAGGAGAGAACUUGGUGCAAUACGGAAAAGGUGGAAAACGUUGCAUGCUAGCAACCCAGAGAAAGGAAGAAGGCAAGGUAGAUGCCCACUAACUCCUGAAGAGGUUGGUCUGAUGUUGAGAGCACUGGGCUACAGAAAGGAUGUACACAUUUAUGUGGCUUCUGGAGAGAUAUAUGGAGGUGCAAGGACUCUAGCACCACUUAAAGCGCUCUUCCCCAAUCUCCACACGAAAGAAACAAUAUCACGCAAAGAGGAGCUGGCUCCAUUCUCUAAAUAUUCGUCUCGCAUGGCUGCACUUGAUUUCAUUGUCUGCGAUGCAAGUGAUGCUUUUGUGGCUAACAACAAUGGCAACAUGGCUAAAAUUUUGGCUGGGCGAAGGCGGUAUUUUGGGCAUAAGAGAACGAUCCGACCAAAUGCUAAAAGGCUCUAUCCCUUAUUUUUGAACAGAAGAAACAUGUCAUGGGACGCAUUCUCAUCAAAAGUGCACAUGUUUCAGAAAGGAUUUAUGGGAGAGCCCAAAGAGCUGAGGCCAGGAAGGGGGGAAUUUCAUGAGAACCCCUCUACCUGUAUCUGUGAAAGGACCGAUGGCACAGUAGCCAAAUCCAAAUCUCAAAACGAUCAAGUCUUGAAUAAUAUUACCGAGAGAGGCAAAGCCAUUGGUGAGCCAGCAGUUCCUAAUUAUACUGACAAAGAGGUUGGCGAAUCUGACGCAGAAGAUGCUCCUGCAGAGAAAGAGGAGACGGUUGACACUGAACUGGACGAGGAUGUGUUAGUCAGACCAGAGGAUCCUGAGCUGGAACAGAUUCUUUCAGAUUAGUUAAGUUAUCCAGGGUCAAAGAUGUUUCGCAAACCAAUUUUUCGCUGAGCUACUGACGAAUUUUGCCCCUCUAAACUGUACAUAUUUUUUUGCAGUGUAAAUGUACAUCCUCCACUUGAGCUCGCACUCCAUCCUUCCUUCUCAGUAACCCUAUCUGAUCUUUUUGCUUGUAACAUUUGUGGUUUGUUAUAGCUUGUAGCGGGUUAUUCUUCUGUUUA